AUGGGCGUCAUGACCUGCACCUCCUCAACAAUAUUCAACUACCCCCCCGAAAUAAUCUACGACUUCGUCUCCAACCCCUCAAACUGGGGCCGCACCUACGCCGGCAGCUCCGGGCUGCCCCCAGGCCAAAACCUGUCUCUCCCCCUCAAGGUCGGCGACGUUUGGACCGAAAAGGUCGCUCUGCCAAAUAACACGUACCACCCACAAUGGGUUUUGGAAAUUGCAGACCGCGGUCGUAAAUUCGCGUUCCGCCAGGUCAACAACAUCGCUGCGGGGGAGGAUGGAAGCGGUGGUGUAAAGGGUUAUUGUUGGAUCACGUAUACCGUUGAAGGACUGUCGGCCAACGCCAUGGCUCCAGAGAAGGAUGAGGAAGGAAAUCUGGUGUACAAGCAACUCGAGGUAAAAGCGGGGACACUGAUCCUGAUGCACGGUAACCUCAUGCACACCAGCGAAGCCAAUGAGAGCGGGAAGGGCCGUGUCGCAUUCAACUUUGGCGUGGUUGAGGGGACGCACGAGUGGUUAGCAGUCAAUUAUUUGCAGCCUUACGAGUUUGAGACAGAGUUUGAGCAGCUUCAUGCCUGUUAA